CAAAAAAAAAAACGAUCACCAACAGACGGUUUCAAGAUCCCCGCGACGGCAGCAGCCCCUGUUCGGAUCGGCAAUGUUGAGGAUGGAUGUAGCCUGCUAGAAAAAAAAGACACCGGGGCACAGUGAGAGAGAGAGAGAGAGAGAACACUACUGCUGUGUAGCUAUGGAGAUCGUAAGUGGUCGCUUUCUUUGACAGGUGUCGGAACCGGACUGAAUAAAAAGUAUCGAAACCAGCUUCAAGGAUGUACGCCAAGGGGAAAGGUGCUGUUGUGCCCUCAGAUAACCAAGCAAGAGAAAAGUUAGCGCUGUACGUAUAUGAGUACCUGCUGCAUGUAGGAGCACAGAAGUCUGCACAGACCUUCUUGUCAGAGAUACGAUGGGAGAAGAAUAUUACGUUAGGGGAGCCUCCUGGAUUCCUACACUCAUGGUGGUGUGUAUUCUGGGAUUUGUAUUGCGCUGCGCCGGACAGACGGGAGAACUGCGAACACUCCAGCGAGGCCAAGGCCUUCCAUGAUUACAGUGCGGCAGCAGCCCCCAGUCCUGUGAUGGGGAACAUGCCUCCUAAUGAUGGCAUGCCAGGAGGACCCAUGCCACCUGGAUUCUUCCAGGGCCCGCCAGGCUCCCAGCAGUCUCCCCACGCACAGCCCCCCCACGGCAUGGGACCACACGGACAGCCUUUCAUGUCGCCACGGUUUCCAGGUGGACCCCGCCCCUCACUCCGAAUGCCAAAUCAGCCUCCAGGGGGAAUCCCUGGUUCUCAGCCUCUCCUGCCAAACAGCAUGGACCCCACCAGACCACAAGGACAUCCUAAUAUGGGCGGGCCAAUGAGAAUGAACGCUCCACGAGGAAUGGGGCCCAUGGGUCCACAGAACUACGGGGGUAUGCGACCUCCUCCUAACUCCAUGGGUGGUCCUAUGCCUGGGAUGAACAUGGGGCCUGGUGGUAGAGGGCCGUGGCCUGGUCCCAAUGCUAACUCAAUACAAUACUCCUCCUCAUCUCCAGGCCACUAUGUGGGUCCUCCAGGAGGAGGGGGGCCGCCCGGAACUCCCAUCAUGCCCAGCCCAGGUGACUCCAACAACUCCAGUGAAAACAUCUACACUAUGAUGAACCCUAUAGGACCAGGAGGAAACAGACCCAACUUCCCUAUGGGCCCGGGCCCUGAUGGACCGAUGGGAGCUAUGGGAGCCAUGGAACCUCACCACAUGAACGGCUCACUAGGCUCUGGGGACAUGGACGGGUUGCCAAAGAACUCUCCUAACAACAUGGGGGGUAUGAGCAACCCUCCCGGGACGCCGCGGGACGAUGGAGAGAUGGGUGGAAACUUCCUCAACCCAUUCCAAAGUGAAAGUUAUUCACCCAACAUGACGAUGAGUGUGUAAUUUUAAUUUCUUUAUUUUUGUAUUUUCUUUUGGUUAUUUUAUUUUUGUACCUUUCCACCUGGAUUUUUCCAACCCCUCACCUUGGAUCGGACUCAUUCUGCCUUUCCCACCUCACCCCCACCUCCACCCCCUCGGAACUCUCGCCGCUACCCAGGCUUCUAGGACAUCCCUGGGGCAUGCUGGGCCUCUAGUGAAGGCGGAGCUUCCCGACGCUGUCUGUGGCGUAGACAGGAAACAGAGACACAGGAAGUCCCUACUCUCUAACCCCGCCCCCUGCCUCUCUGACUUCUUGUCAGGGUCUGGACAAUGAGAGAGGGGAUGAGAGAAAGAAAGAUGGAGAGACUGGAUAACAUGGACACCCUUCAGGACACAGCAUGGUAGGGUUCUGUCAGUAGCUGUCUGGAAGCUUGACAAACAUUACAUUGGCAUUCACUUUUAUUUUGAUGUUUUUAUUGUUUCUAAUGGAUUUGAUUGUGUUUCUAAUGGAUACAGGGGUGGAACAGGGAACGAAUCUCGAAUGAUCCCCUUUUCCCUAUGUACUUUAGAGGAAUAGGGUGUCAUUUGAGACGUAGACAUGGAAGUGUCGUCCAUCCCCCCUCGUUCACUCUGUGUAUACAUUUAAAAAACAGAAGUGUUGUGAUGUUUUCCAUUACUCUGUAUGUAAUGUAUUAUUGCUAUUCUUUUAUAAUAUUUUAUUGUUAUGAUUAAUAAUAUUGUUAUGAUGAUUCUGGUUAUUUUAAAAAGUAGGAUUUAAUUUCUGGAGUUGUUGUUGAAAGGACACACACACACACACACACACACACACACACACACACACUGAUGACCUCUUUGUUAGUAACUUCACAGGAUGGUGAAACUUCACUAGUCUCCUUAAGGAAAACCCCACAGGAUAUACACAAUCUACUGUCCCCUCUUUACCCAGUCAGAGGGCAGCACCUUGGUCCAUCAUGGUACUUUAAUUUUGUAUUUCCCAUAGUAAUGUCUCUCCAUCCCCCUGAAGGCAUUCUCUCUGUAGUAGACUAAGUGACCCUGAACAUGCAGAGGAUGCACAGUUGUAUUUAUUUGUAUGUUUAAUUUUCCAUUGAGACAGACUUAUUGUCAACCUGUUCUAUCUGCACACUCCGGAAUCACUCUGCACCAAUCAGCAUCCAUCUCCUAGAGGAAGACAUCUUGGAAGUGUCUGGUUUUUGUUUUAAUUGUAUUUUCUUACCCAGAGGGCAGUUCUGACCUUCUGUGAAAUUAUUCUGAUUGGAUGCUUAAAGGACUCUUGUAACAGAGCUGAGCCAAUCAGGAGGCGGUGUGGCAAUUGCCAUGGUAACUGACUGUCAAGAUCCCCCAAAAGGACAACAUUUGUCCUUACACACACAACCAACCAACCAAUCGGCCUACCUACGCCAUCCCCCUCCCCAACCACCUCUCUCUACUUUUGUGACGUCUCCAUCUGUCUUUUGGUUUGUUGUAAAUACUGUAAAGUGAAUUUUGAUAUCAUGACAUGUUUUGAUAUUUCCGUCACAACCAAUGACUGAUGAGAAAUGAGUUGAUUCAGACCAUCUGGGUUUGAAAGAGACGGUGUGUGUUUUUACAGUACCUCACUGUUUAACUCCCGACACAACUAGGGCCAGGAGGAACCCUCUUUAUUGGAUCAUUACUUAGGAAUGACAACUAACGUUAGAGUCCAGACUAUUUCCUGGUCAGGUCAAGCUGUAAUGGAAGUCUCCUGUCUCUAGUAACGAUAGAUGAAAAAAAUAAGGUUUUCUAUUCAGGAUUUUUUUUCUUCUGUAUUUCAAUUGACAAAAGAUGUAAAAAUGCAGGUUCUUAAUGAUAUGAAGAGUUAAGGGGGGGGGGAGGGGGACGUCUGGUGUAUUUUGAGAUACUGCUGUAUGGAUUCAACUCUGAACCAUCCUCUCUACCAUAUUCACUAAGGGCAAAUCUGAAAUGCACCCAAUUCCCUAUAUAUCGUGCACUACUGAAGCCAAAAGUAGUGCAGUACAUAGGGAAUAGGGUGCCAUUUAGGAUGUGCCCUAGUUUGCACCAGUGCAAACUGUUUGUUAUUGUUGGAAGAGGAUAAUUAUUGGAAAACAAACCGUGAAACUGUUUGUUUUUAAAAUUUGAGAUAUAUUUACUUAACAUAACUAGGGCUAUGUUUUUAGUUUUUGUGUGCCCUUGUCAGUGGAGGCUGCUGAGGGGAGGAUAGCUCAUAAUAUCUGGAAUGGAGCGUGGAACCACAUUUGAUGUAUCUGAUAACAUCUCACUGAUUCUGCUCCAGCCAUUAGCACAAGCCUGUCAUCCCCAAUUAAGGUGCCACCGAACUCCUGUGGUCCUUGUCUUUUCAUGUGCUCAGGAAAAACUCAUGGCCCUACUCAUGACCUUCAUUUGACCUUUCCGCUCUGCCCAUAGCGAUAGAGGACUCAUCUUUAUAUCUGUGACAGCAUGGGCAGCGCCGUUGAGGCUACAACCCAUAAGAAUCCCCAUCCAGUUGACUACUUUGACUACUUUAAUAUGGCGGAAGCCCUCAAUGGCGCUGCCCAUGCUAAAACAGCAUUUUGGCCACUAUAAGCCUCUAUCAUUCUCUAUGGCUCUACCUUUUUCAAGUUGUGUUCCCUGACAAUGUGACCUGUUCAGGAAAACCUCCUGGCCCUAGUUCUUCCCUUCUGAUCAUGAGGUGUUAAACUCUGCACCGGUGCAAACGCCUCUCCUGUAUGUAAAAUCAACGUUGUCACAUUUUUGGUCAUUUCUGUGUUUCUAUGGUGACGUAUAAUACUGUUUCAUUCUGGGAGGGUUGAAAGGAGGAGGGGACGGAGGAUAAGGAAACAUGUUUCUGUUCCUUGGGUGUAUCCAACACGAUAGUCUAAAGGAGAGUCCUCUCCUUUCACCUGCACUGACGUGAAAGAAGAGAUGACGUGAGGAGAGGAAGCCACUUUGGACUGAGAUGCAGCAAAGCAGUCUUGUUUCCCGAUGCCAGUAGUUCAGAACAUUUAGUCCGUUACAAUGAUCCUGUGUUUUUAAAUUCUGUUAACCCCUUCUGGAUUGGGUGCCUCGUUGAUUUGAAGGUCAGAUUUUUUUCAGUUGGAUCUAUCUCUUGCAGUGCUGUGUAUAUAAAUGAUCCCAUUUGGUUGGAAUAUUGCUAUAUUCAGGUUCUUUUCAAAAGCAGGGGGACCAUAAUCUAAGGGGGCAACACAGUAUCAUGCCAAUCUGGAUUAAACAUUGUGAAGAACUGCUUCCUGGGUUUGCUUUGUAUUUCCUGAUAGGCUAGUUUCCGCUCCUGAAUGUCUUGUGUAGUAAUAAAAUGUUUCCUAUUUGUACGUUUUCUUUAUGUUGUAAUAAAGUUUCUUUAGAGACUGAUUAAAAAGUUGCUUAUUGAGAAAAAGGUGGGAACUCUUCCAUCAAUAAAUGUCAUUUGUUUUAGGUUUUUCAUUGAGUCAUCAGUUUUAUUUCCUGUGUCCCUCGUUGUAGAUACAUCAAAAUAAAAUUACUUCACUA